AAACUCCAAUGUCACUGACAGUUGGGCCAGAACUGAGAUCCUGAGGCUUCGUCUCUGCAGACUGUAUGCUGCUUCCACCUUUUACGGAUACUUUUUAAAGUCCGCCUUGUUGAGGUACCAUCUGGAACGGGAUCUAGAUUUGAGUAACCUGGAUUUUGGUACCGAUGCUUACUGCCAGUUUCCACUCUCGGAGAUGUUGUCUUUAGGAUCGAAUUACAUUGCAUUUGGUCGCAUUAGCAGCCCAACGUCUACAUCUAUUGGUCAAGUUUCAUGUAGUCUAUGCAAGAAAUAUGAGAAAUUGAUGUGUUAUGUGAUGGGAUUCGACCCGGAAACACUGCAGAUGUGCAUGAAACCAAAGUCUAAGGAGGCUGUGAAUCUGAUUGAAAGACAUAGUUUUGCUCUCUUUGGAGAUGAGAGUACUGGUUUGCUCGAAACCAAUGAUUUAAUUUCCACGUCUUAUGCAAGUCUUAAGAGAUUUGUGCUGGAGGCCGUUGCUUUUGGUUCAUUCUUAUGGGACGCAGAAGAAUCCGUGAAUGUUGUAUAUAAGCUCGAGGAAAACUGAAUAGGCCAGAACCGAAGUUCAAGGCUUGCUGGCUCAUCAAGCACUUUUGUACAUAUUGGAUUUCAUCCUUCGACUAGAGGAUUCCCUCCUCUCUAAUAGGGAGAUGUACAGUAUAUUGCCCUUUCAGCGACGACAAGAGAAUAAUGUAUAUAAGUUGUUGCAUUUCAGGAAAUGUUAUUGAUUUUGAUACUUUUCAUGAAUCUACUAUAAAUUAUUUGUAUGUGAUUUUAUUGAGAAUCA